AGAAACAGAAACAUACAAGAAAAUAACCACCCACUCUACAAGAACAACAACAAUAACAACUGAGGAGAAAAACAAACUAAAGCACCCACCCAACUAAAGACGCUCUACGGCAACCAACCUCCAUGCAACUCACCAACCCAGCGAACAUCUGCACCACCAACCGACCAACAAUAAAUACAACAACAACGACAAGAACAACUAAUUCACCUUCAAAGCUUUAAGGAUUAAGCAAGCAUUAAUAUCGAUCAGUUACAAGCGACAACAAAAGUAGCAAAUAAACGAGUACCAGCGCACACAUUGUUGCAGCAGGGGAGAAAGUACUCACAACAACAGCAACAAAAACAAAAGCAAAAACAAAGUACACAACAAUAAAAGCGAUAAUAGCGUCUCACGUCGCAACUAAAGCGUGCAACGAACAACAACUACAAAAUACUAACACACACACUUACACAAACAGACGUGUGUGUGUUUGUGUGACAUGUUGUUAGCUUGAAAUUAGAGUCCUCUAGAAUCACCUAUACAGCUGUCAAACACAUCUACAAACAACUACACACAUACAACCUUUCGCCCGCCUGCCUGCCUGCCGAACAAAUAGGAAUUCAACGAAAUGGCACGACGCAAAGGAAGCGGAAGAGGAAAAACAACAGUGAAUUCACGCAAAUCGGCUUUGGAGAACGCGCGCGAGCGGCUCAAAGAUGAUCCCGGCGGCACAACGCAAUCACGCCAAACGCAACAGCAACAACAAAACCUUAGCAACAGCAAUAUGGAAGCUGCCACAACAACAACUACAACAACAAAACACUAUAAUAAAACAACAAAAUUACAAAACAAUCAUCAUCGUGCCACAGAACGACGCGGCACAUAUCGCACGCAAGGCGGCGAAGCGCAAGCAAAUGCCAGCGAUAACGUCAAAGUGCCAAAGCAGACAGCCAAGCAGGCAAAGGCGGCAGCAGCAGCUGCACAACGCGCCGCCGCACUGGCUGCUUACACGACAACGGAGACAGUAGUCAGCGGCAGCACUGGCAAGGCAACGGCUGGCGGUGCCAAAGAUCCACUUGCGAUUGGCAACGAGGCAGCGGUGGUCAUACAAGGCAAUAACAAGUCGGCACGCGCCAGGGAAGCUAGAGGAGAGCAAAAGACUGUUGUAAAAUCGGAAACAGCCACAACAAAUGUUAAUAAUAACAACAACAACAAUACAACCACCGCCACUAGCAGUAGCAGCAGCCACAACAGCAACAACAAACACAGUGAUACUAGUAACAGUAGUUUAAGCAAAAAUAAUUUUACCUUAAGUCAAACUGAGUUGGCGCGCAAAAGUGAAAAAUCACAGCAGCAACAACAACAACAACAACAAAAUGUCAACAAUAGUAGUGAUAUGACAGCAACAGCUAAAACAGCGGAGGCAACAGCAGGUGCAGCGCCAGUCGCAGCGCCUGCCACCGAGCCGAAUACCUGGAAUAACGCGCGCUAUUUACACAAAAAGUUCAAACGCCUCGCCAGCACCACAGACGUGGACAGCCUGGUGGCGGACAGUCAGAGCGUCAAUGCCGCAGGCAGCAGUGCGAGUAGUGAGGCAGGCAGUGAGGUGGCGCCAACGCGCACCACCUCGCUGUCUUCAGCCGCGUCGACUAGUUCAAUAUCGCCGCCACCGGCCACAACACCCACACCCACAGCGGCGACGAAUGCGCAAAGCACAGCGCCAACUACCAACGCCGCUUAUGGACAAAGUGACAUUGCCGCGUUGCCAUUGACGAAUGGACACGCGCACGCGACGUCGGCACCGGCUGUUGCAACAGUGGAACAGUCCAAUUACAAUAACAAUACGCAUAGUGUUAAGUACAGCGGCGCGUCAGCAAAUAGCAAUAACCACAGUGAGAGCAAUAACAAUGAUAGCAUCAGUGCGGCGCAGCAGCUGGAAGCAGAGCAAAUACCGCAAACUUUGUCGCAUAUUUAUGAGAAUCAACAGAGUCAGCAGAAUAACGGUGGCAAUAGCAAUGCCAGCACGGGACGCUACGUGUGUCCCUAUUGCAAUCUGAAUUGUACAAAACCGUCGGUGCUGCAGAAGCACAUACGCGCGCACACCAACGAACGUCCCUACCCGUGCGACAUCUGCGGCAUCGCAUUCAAAACGAACAGCAAUUACUACAAACAUUGCCGAUCGCGUUCGCACGCUGCGCGGAAACGCGGCAUUGCGGUGCCUAUAAGCGCCGAUGAUGGGCUCUUCGGCGGCUCCGAUCAGGAGGGCGAUCCGGAACUGAGCAACAGCAGCUCAGAUGUGAUAAGUCGCACCGCCUCGCCGCUGGAAGAUCUAAGCACCGCAUCGUCACCUGUGGUAAUGAGCACUACGCCGUCAACAGCCAACACACUUACACCGCAACAACUGCAGCAGCUGCAGCAACAACAACAAAAGCAGACGCAACUACAACAGCAACAACAAAUUGUUUUGGCAUUACAACAACAGCAGCAGCUGCAGCAAGCAAGCGCCGCACAAUCACCGCAUGUCGCGCUGCCAUCCACACCCUCACCAUCAUCGCUUUCGUCAGCGAAAAGCGCCUACUUGCAACAGCCCGCGCAGCAACAACCGCAACAAUUACCGCUAGGUUCACCAGCUGCUGGCACAUUGCCGCCACCGCAGCCGACGACAUCAAAUGUCACUACAAUUACUGCCGUUACCACGACGUCCAAACAGGCCGCCGCCGCCACCGAGCUUAAACCUUACAAACCGAAAUUUCACAAUGCGGCGUUUUAUGCGACGACCAAGGAAGCAGCGGCAGCAGCCGCCGCCGUCGCAGCUGGCAUGCCGCCCGGUCUGUUGCAACCCUUGCCGUUACAACAGUCGCCACACCAGCAACUACCACAAGCGCCACCACAUAAUAUGCCGCCUGCUACACACCUAGCUAUGCUGCCGCAAGCGCAAGCACCACAGCCAGCGCCAACUGCGGCGCAUCAUCCAUCGCUGUCGCCCAGCACACAAGUGAAGCUGAGCAAUCACAUCAACACACAUCAGUUACAGUUGCAGCUGCAGCAGCCACAACAACCGCAAGCGCUACACGUGCUACCGCCGCCGCUCAAUGCAGGCAUACCACUGCAUCACGUGGCGGCCAUGUCACCGAAAAGCGCCGGCCCGCGCCCUGACUUGGUGAACGCAGCAGCGGCUGUAGCAGCGGCCAACAUGGGUUAUCUGCCAGGCACGCGCAUGAUCUACCCGGGUGGCAUUGAUUUUCCGCCUGAUGCACUGCACAUGAUGACGGCCGAUAAACGUCAAAAACUGCACUUCCAGUACAAGUGGCUGGAGCAAGAGUUGCAACAACACUUUCACAAACUAAGUCAGCAGCAGCAACAGCAGUUACAGCAUAUGUCGCCCUCACAGUUAGCCGUACAUGCACCACCAGCACCAACAACAGUACUAAAACCCACCGCUACAUUGCCAGUGCCCGCGCGCGCGACGAGCGCGGCUAAUGCCCAACAUGCUAGCGCGGCGCCAGCAGCAGGUAUGCAGCAAAUGACUGCGUCUGCGCCAUUGCCUGCAGCGCAACAAACGCCAUUACAAUAUUUCUCCAACACUGGCGGCGGCGGUAUGGUAAGCGGCGCCAGCAGUGCCAACAGCAACACCACCGCCUCUAUAAGCACCGGUAUCUUGCAUAGCAACAUCUCCAAUGCGGCCGCCAGCGGCACGAACAAAGUGGCCGAUCUUGUGCAGGAACACAUCACAAAGUUGAUCUCACAGAAUGAGGCAAUUGUGGAGAAUAAAGCGGUGCUUCUGCAGAAGAAGUAUCCGAAGGGUCUAAAUCGCUCGCGUAGUUUUACUAAUAAUGGCGGUGGCAACAGUAGCGGCGCGGCAGCCACCUCGACAGGCAAUGCAGGUGGCAGCAAUGUCAGUUUGGUCGCCACUACCGCGGUGGGCAGCGAUAGCGCCACCAACGCUAGACUAGCGCAAGCGAUUGUACAGAAGCAACAACAGCAACAGUUACAACAACAAUUGCAGCAGCAGCAACACUAUCAACAGCAAUUCCAGCAACAGCUAAUGGCCGGCUCACAGGCAAUGCAAAUGCCACCGCCCUCCCAGCAGCAGCAGCAGCAACAUAUUGCACAGCUGCGUCUCGAGGAGCAACAUCAACAGCAUCAAAUGCAGCUGCAACAACAACAGCAGCAGCAACAUCACAUGCAACCAAAUGGUAUUUCGAAGAAUCUUAUGUCAAUGUCCAGCGCGACAAAGUCCAGCGGCAUUUCAGCGCCUAUGCCACAACACUUGCAAACUUUGCACCCGCAACCACAACGGCAUCCAACCACAUCCGCUUACAGACAGCAGCAGCUGUCGACUGUGCCGCCACCAGAAACGCAACGCCCAACACCGUCACCUACAAGCGCACAAUCUAGCGGCGCCUUACACAAAGACAACAUGAACGCUAUGCAGCAGAUAAGCGCCGCCGCCAACUCAAAUGCGCUGCCAUUGAACCUCUCCGCUAAGCCGAAGCCGCGCCAGGAAGAACAAACCGAAACCAUUCCAGCAAGCAACUUAGCCAACUCAACGCCAAGCAAUACACCGCGCAAGCGUCAGUCUAUCGAAAACCAGAUGUCCAAUUCCAGCAAUGAUGGUUCCACCAACAGUUCGAUGGUUACCGCGCAGCCAACUGCUAGCAGCGGCGCCGCCAAUGCCAAACAACCAACAAAUGUUUCUAUAAUUAAGAAUUUGCUGCUGAAUGCGCGUGGUUUGGCGAAACCAACCGGCGAAGGUGAGGAUGCUGUUUACAAUUGUCCGCUCUGCUCGAAUACCUUCCGCACGGCAGAGGAUUUACAGCUGCACAACAGCACUUACUGCCAAGGUGCCACAAGCGCGCCUAUCAGUCCAGUAUCGUCGCCUUCGUACCUCCACUUCCGCUCGAACUCGAUGACAUUGAAUCUGCCCGAGCUGAAGAACACCAUCUUAAGUUCACAAAAUCCACUGCCGCUCGCUAAGCUGGCUUGGUAUCAGCUACGCACCAAACCGAGUUCGUUGGUUUUAAGCCGACUGAGCGCCUCACAGGCUGGCAGCUCAAAGGCUACUACAACCACGACUACUUCGGCGACAUCCACCGCACCAACUAGUUCAACAAGUAGUAAUAGCGUUGCCAACUGUGUUGCUUCACCUAGAAGUACGCCGCCUAAUGGUCCGCCUGCCAAUUUGACGCUACCCGAUCCGAACAUUGUACGUUUGAUCGAUGCACCACUGCCAUCACCAGGUCCACUGUUGGGCAAAACACCACUUGUCGAUUUUGGUAAUACCAGCGAGACGCGUAAGACGUCAGAAGAUGUGAUUAUAACCAAAAUGCAUGAAGAUCGUCAAUUCGAGACACAUACAUCCGCGAAACGCGCUAAACUGGCUUCGGAUAGCAACGAGGUAUUUUCGCUAAAUCAAGCAUCUACCAGCAGCGGUUGUGGUGUGAUGGCCGCAACGUCAAGCAAGCGCUUGACCAUCAAUAGCAUCAGUGGCGGUGAUAUACAGCUGCUGCCCAACACCAGUACCAGCGACCUGAGCAAAAAGGAGGAACGCAUGCGGCGCUUCACCUCUUCCGGCGGCUGUAUUAUACCACUUUCGGAGUGCAGUGAUGUGGAUAAGAGCACAAAAAUGAUACGUACACCCUUGCUCUCGGGCGGCAGUUUUCAGGAAGUCUCACCCAAACCGAAGGAUAAGGAAAACAAAAGUAAUAUUGCAUUGCCCUUUCCGAACAGCAGUGCCUUCACGCCGAAACUAAGCUUGGUCGGUCUUGGUUUACCCACAAAUGGGCCGCAGCAUUUUCAUCAGUUCUCCAUCAACCCCAUAACAGCAUUCAAUCCGUUAACGCUGCCACCUUUACAGAGCAUGACCGGUAGUGGUGAGAAAAUUAUACCACAUGUACCCGGUAUACCCGGACCAAAUAGUCUAACACCCCAACUGCCACCACCGCAACAUCUGCAGAUGCCGCAACCGGGACCACAACUGCUAACCCCAGGACGAUCGCUCAGUCCGAACCGCAAAAAGACACAAAGCCCGCUGCUGAUUGCUAACAGUGCUAGUCCCAAAUCUAUGACUAUGUCGUCGCAGGAAAAUCUCAAAUCUGCAUCACCAUUUCGUGGCGCGCAAAAUGCACCCAACGAGUUCGAACGUGCGUCAGGUAUGCGUGCGGCACGCAAUUGGAAUUCGCUAGCUGCAACAGGCUCGACAAGCAAGCCAAACAGUUUAGAUGUGCCGAAGAAGCCAUUUAAUUUCACACGCAUGGCUGACAAUAUAAGUCCGCGCAAAGGUGGGAGCGCCAAUAUGCCAAAAAGCUCGCCGCCCGAGAAUGAAGUGCGUCACUUCAAUUUCGAUCAUUUGACUAAGGAUGUGGAGACCACCACGACACCGGCAAACUCUGCACUCACACCCCUACAUGUUGAUAUUAACGCCAGCGCUGCGUCUGGCAACAGCAACGGCUCAGAGCCCACCGACGCCGAGAGAAAGAAAUCUAAAUUUCUGCGACCAACCAGUCUGCCACUCAAACCGGGCACAUUCACACCGAAAAGACAUCACGGCAUCACACCAAAUGCCAACACCCUGCCACUUAUUUCACCGGAGACACCACGUCAAUCCAAAUCUUGCGUACAACUCUAUCUAAACGGACAUGCUUACACAUAUUUAGGACUCAAGUGUAGCACGAAAAUGUUCUACUGCACCGUUAACUGUCCGCAGGCUUCUUAUGUGGCGGGCGCUCAGAAGCUCUCCAUGUACAGCGUUUGGAAGGUUUGCGCUGAAAACAAUCCACAUCCGUUGGGCUUUAAACCGAAGUUGGUGAUGUCCUUGUAUGACUCACGUCAGAAGAGCUCUACCAGCACUAUGGCCGGCAUGAAUAAGCUGCCCUACACUUUGGUUGUCUCGCAGCAGACCGUUAUGACACCGUUCGAGAACAAUCAGGGUCAGUAUCUGCAUCAUCAAUUGAAGCAAAUCUCACUCAACACCAAUACUACGGAGAGCGCCGAACAGUUGAAGAAGGUUAGCGCCGGUAGUAGCGGUAGCAGCAGUGGUAGUAGUGGUAGCGCAGAUGGCAGUAGCAAGAAAGAGCCAUCGGCUAGUCAGAUGUUAGUUGGUGGCUAUGAAUCGCACGAGGACUACACCUAUAUACGUGGUCGUGGUCGUGGCCGAUAUGUGUGCUCGGAGUGCGGCAUUAGAUGUAAAAAGCCCUCGAUGCUGAAGAAACAUAUACGCACCCACACCGAUGUGCGUCCAUACACUUGCAAGCAUUGCAAUUUCAGCUUUAAGACAAAAGGCAAUCUCACGAAGCACAUGCAGUCAAAGACGCAUUUCAAGAAAUGUCUUGAGCUCGGCAUUAACCCUGGACCAAUGCCAGCUGAUGGUGAAUUUCUCGAACCGGAACCAGAGUUCGAUCAACAAUCGACCACUUCGGCUGGUGGACGCACGUCGUCCAUACCAGGCGAAUCGGACUCGGACGAUUACAGUGAUAACGAGUCCGAAAGCAGCGAUACGGACGAGUCGAAGUCGCGUCUGCUGGAGCACGAAGCAGCGCGUGGUUUGCUUUCGCUCUCUAUGACACCACCCAUCGGGCAAAGCAUUUCACCACAUCCGAAAAGUGAGCCAUACCCAUAUCAGCAGCAUGGCGAACGCAUAGAAUCAGCCGCUAUAUCGUUUGUAGGCCAGACAAGCAUGGCAACAACAGCAGUCACAACAACCUGUGCGUCAACUGGCAGCACGCAUCCCACCGGUAUUAAACGUGUCAUAUCAUUCAGUUCACCCAAACCACCGUUCGACUAUCAGAAACAAGAGCAAUACUACUCCAAUCCCGAAGAGUCCAAGCCGAAACCCAAUAAUAACGCCGCUGCAGCGAGUUAUGAAAGUGCACCUAUAGAUCUCACCAAGCCACGUGCUGCCGUUAGUGUUGCGACCUCGUCUGUAACGGCCAACACAGCUGCAAUUCAGCUGAGCAAUGCAGUGCUUUCAGAAGAAUACAGCGCCAGCACAGCAGUGCCGCUAAGUGGUCCGCCAGUGCAAACACAAGCGCAAAUACGUGACGUGAUCUUCGGCAAUAGCAACAAUGAAUCGGGUUUUUUGAAAACACUCAUCUCAGUGUCGGACAAGGUGCGCAGCUCCACUGAAAUGCUUGAGAACUACAAGAACGGCGAUGAGCUUUCGCAAGCCUACCAAUACCACAAGGCAUUCCAAUACCAUAAAAUCAAGCAAAUACAAAUGAACCAGAGCUUCCCCGACGCCGUCAAUGUGAACGCUAUCAAUCAAAAUCUCGCCAGCACAACAAACAUGAGUACCGUAAGUGUAGCGGGCGCUGGAUCCAACACAGCGCUCACAACAACAGCGAGUGCAAGCAGCGGUGUGCGUAUUUCAGAGAGCAUAGCCGCGACGGUGUUAACCAACGAUACCGCAGAUACCACAGACAGUCUACCGAACAAACCCUCAGCCGCCACCUCCAACAAAGUGGAGAGGGAGAAGAGCACAACUGAGUUGCAAGUACCCACAAUCGAAGUCAUUCCAGCACCAACGGAAGAGUCGAAGAGCGAACAAACAGUGGCUCCAGCAGCAGCAGCAGCAACAGCCGCAAGCAAUAAUAAAAGUAAUGUUUCGAACAGCAAUGUCACUAAUAACAAAGCAUUACACACAAAGUCCAACGUGCCUGCGGCAUGUAAAUCAUCCGAUGAAGGUGAAGAUAGUGAAUACAUUUCCGAUCAGGAACAACCAGCAGCAGGUCAAACCGCGAAACGCAGUCGAAACAUCAGCAAUACAGCAAACAACAACAGUACAGCAAACACAGAGCCGCAUAAUGCUAAAUUACCUGCGGUUGUGGCACAACCGGGAACUACCGAUUUCACAGGCGUGCUUUCGGCACCUGGACGUACAGUCGUUGUUGGCGAAGAUGGUCUAAAGAAGUCUGGUAAUAAUGAAAUUCAACCCGUCUACCCGCGCGUGCGCAUGUCACCCGAUGGACGGCCGGUGUGUAAAGUUUGUACUAAAACGUUCCAGACACAAGGCCAAUUGUCUUUACAUAUGAAUAUACAUUACAUGGAGCGCAAGUUUCGCUGUGAGCCAUGCGGCGUAUCUUUCCGCACGCAAGGUCAUCUGCAGAAGCAUGAACGCGCCGAAGCGCAUAAGAACAAAGUCAUGAUGACGUCCACCUUCGGCGUGCCGACAACCUCCAACCCACGUCCCUUCGAGUGUACCGACUGUAAAAUCGCCUUCCGCAUACACGGACAUCUCGCCAAGCAUUUGCGCUCUAAAACACAUGUACAAAAAUUGGAGUGCCUACAGAAAUUGCCAUUCGGCACUUAUGCCGAGAUCGAAAGAGCCGGCAUUAGUCUCACCGAGAUCGAUACCAGCGACUGUGAGAACUCGCUGAUCUCGCUGAAAACACUUGCACAAAAACUCAUCGAAAAGGAUCCGAACAAAUUGGGCAGCUACACAACACCUUCGGGCAUGAGUGGUGGCAGUGGACUGAGUGGCGCCAGUGGUGGUAUGAGCGAAUCAGCCGGCAUAAAUAACAAUCACAGCGCGAUUGUGUCGCAGGAUAGCGCAUCGGAGGACGAUUUUAGCGCCGCUACAAUUGCAGCGGCCACAGCUAUUGCCUCGCUGGACAACGAUAGCGCUACGAACACGCCGAAACGCACCAACUCGACCUCGGAAGACGAGGCCAUCGCAAGCGGUUUGAAUAAUAAUCUCAAACGCCGUCUGCCCGGCAAUUUCAGCAAUGGCGAAGAGAGCGACAAUCCCACCGAGAGUGCGAGCAGCGAGAAACGUGCGCGUGUCUCCUCACUCUCCAGCAUUGGUGCAGCCAGCGCCACCGCUGCGGUCGGUUCGCCCGCAUCGAUCACCUCAUCGAAUGCAUCAUCAAAUAACUGACAUUAUGCCUAUGCGCCGU